AUGAUAUGGUACCACAACUUGCCCCCAAAUUCCAUUGAUUCUUUCGCUAUGCUCGUGGAUGCUUUUGUAAAUGCUCAUCCCGCGGCAAUCAAGGUCGAGACCAGAAAAUUGGAUCUUUCCACGGUCAAGAAAACGGACAAUGAGAUGCUCAUGGAGUUCGUGUCAAGAUUUCAAAUAGAACAGAUGGAUUUACCUCCGGUUGCAGACGAUUGGACUUGUUCAGCAUUAACUCAGGGACUUAACCCCCAAAGCUCCUUGGCUUUGCAGUCCAAACGUCACCCUCUAAGGAACGACAGAAGAAGCGAUCAAGGGCCCAGUAGCCGAGGUCUAAUCAGCAAAAAUGGUUUUGAUAGGCCACUCAAGGCCAGGAAGGCACCGAGAUUGUUAGAAUACAACUUUAACGUCGAUGCUGCCAGUAUCGUGUCGGCCAUCGGGCGCAUCAAUAAUACCAAGUGGCCUCGUCCAUUACAGUCCGACCCUACCCAAAGAGAUCCUAACUUGAUACGUAAGUAUCAUGGCACUCAUGGACACAAGAUCGAGGAUUGCCGGCAAUUAAGAGAAGAAGUGUCCCGGUUGUUUAAUAACAGGCACCUACGAGAAUUCCUGAGUGAUCGAGCCAAGAACCACUUCAAAAACAGGGACGCCAGCAAACAGCUCGAACAGGAGGAACCUCAACACAUCAUCAACAUGAUCAUUGGAGGGGUUGAUUUCCCUCGAGGUCCGAUGAUAAAACACAUUAAUGUAUUUAUCAUGAGGGAAAAUGAACCCGAGAUUAUAUACCGGAGGAAACCAUUUCAUUCAACGACGAGGAUGCCGAGGGCAUCGUUCAACCUCAUAAUGAUGCACUGCUCGCCCAACAUUAUCAAAUUAAGGGUCGUGAAGCAGUUGGGGUUACAAGAUCAAAUAGUGCCAGCAGCCCGGGUGUUGAACGGAUUUAACAUGGCAUGCGAAAUCACUAAUGGGGAAAUAACCCUACCGCUGAACACUGCCGGGACAAUCCUGGAAAUCAAGUUCUAUGUGAUCGAAGGAGAUAUGAGAUAUAACGCUCUAUUCGGUAGACCAUGGGUACAACAUGAGGGCGGUUCCUUCGACCUUGCACCUGGUGUUGAAGUUCCCUACACUAGGAGGAAUCAAGACGGUAUACGGAGAACAUCCAGCUACAAAUGA